CUGUCUACAACUGGACGUGCAAGGAUAAUCUCGCAUUCCCACUGGUGGUGGUCGCGGGGUUAGUCUCCCUCCUCGUAACACUUUGGACGGGGAGUGUGGCGUACCGACUAAGCAACGAUCGCAUAAUGAUCAACAGGGGACUGGUGUAUGUCUUCCAGGUCCAUGCGGCAGCCUUGUUGUCCAUCCCGAUACUCUGCGCAUAUGUGCUGAUGGAGGCGCAUCUUUUCACACCCAACACUGUCGUGCGAUCGUUGAUGGGCCUGUACCUGAGCUUUUGUACAUUCCUUCUAUUAUCUGCACUCCUAGCCCGUCAGAAACAGAUGGUGGAGCUGUUCUCUGAGUAUGAAUUCACUGAUGCGCCGAAAAACACCUACAGAAACACUGUAAUGUGUAUAGGGGCCAUAUACGUUGCUACAAACGUCGCUCAUCUGGUGUUGAUCUUGCUGACUGUGGACCCCGACUAUC